CAGCAAGACAGCAUGGAGGUCACAGCUCUCUGCUUCAGACUGUUGAUGCUUGAAAUCGUUCAGUUGGGGACUCAAGUUCAGAAAAGUGAUGCAGCUUUUCUUCGUAUCACUCCAAACAGACUGCAGCACUUUGAAUACGACUCAGUUUCUCUUGACUGUGUUGGGUUUGAUAACUCAACUCAGUUGAGAGGAAUCAGGAAUAAUGAGGAAUUUACUCCUGUAUGUGAUAUUAAUAAGAGGACGUCAACAGGGUCCUUCUGCACCCUUGAUAGAGCCUAUCCUGAAGACAGCGGAGAAUACUGGUGUGAGACUGAUGGUGGAGAGAGAAGCAACAGUGUCAACAUCACUGUCACUGCUGAUUCUGUGAUCCUGGAGAGUCCCGUCCAUCCUGUGAUGGAGGGAGACGAUGUGACUCUGCGCUGCAGAAACAAGGCAAACUCUACCAACCUCCGAGCUGAUUUCUACAAAGAUGGCGUCCUCAUGAAGAGCACUGCAGCAGGAGAGAUGACCAUUAACAGUGUCUCCAUGUCUGAUGAAGGACUCUACAAGUGCACCUCUGAUGUCGGAACAUCACCAGAGAGCUGGUUGGCUGUCAGAGUCUUUGCAGCACGUCACAAUGAAACUCGGUGCUCUUCCUCAGACGACACCUCAGAUCAGUCCUGUCAUAUUUACCUCGUCUUAAGGACUGUGUUCACCAUUGUGAUGGUGGCUCUGCUGCUGCUGCUGGUGGGACUACUUCACUGUGGGAAACUCAAAGUUACAUAA